CCGGUAGUAGCAGCAGCAGCGGGGUGUUGAGUGCAGGUCAUGGCAGAGCAGCUUGCUGAUUGUGGAAUGACUUUAAUGUAGAAACUUUGAAUCCUGCAGCACCUGAGUUUAUAUCUAGAGUGCCAUUGUUCUUCACUUGGAGCAAACUGAUAAGCCGGAAAGGAUGCCUCUGAACGCAGGAGACACCGGGUAUGGCAGCGUGGCAGGCCCUGGGCUGUCGAGCACCGUGGGCGGCUCGGAGUCGGCCCCGCUGCUCAUCCCGGAGGACGAACCAGAGCCCAUCCAGCAGUGGCAGCCCCUCUCCAAGGAGGAGCUGAAGCUGGCAGCCGGGGGUCCGGGCUGGAAGAAGGUGCGGUGUUACCUGGUGCUGCUGUUCUGGCUGGCCUGGUUAGCCAUGCUCGCCAUCGCCAUCGCCAUUAUAACCAUGAGCCCCCGACCGGUUGUAACGCCGCUGAAGUGGUGGCAGAAGUCCCUGUUCUACCAGGUGGAGCCAGAGCUGACCCUGGAGAAGCAGGCCGAGGGGUCAUGGGGCAUCAAUGCGCUGUGUGAUGAACUUCCUUACCUCAAGUCCUUGGGUAUAGGAGCUCUAAUUCUGCAGGGUCUGUUUGACAAGAAGGCGUAUCCCACAAACAAUGCUACUGGUGAAAGGAUUGGGACUUUGCCUCAGAUCCAGCAUCUGCUAGCAGAGAGCAACAAAGCAGGUCUCAAGGUGCUGUUAAACGUCUGUGAAGUGGAUCUGUUGGGACUUGGAGAUGAAGCGGGAAAUGCUAGCAAGACCUCGGGUGUCUCAGGCACCGUCCAUCAUGCACUGAGGUUCUGGCUGGAACAGGGUGUGGCAGGCUUUGAAAUCUGUGACACAGAUGCAGCGUAUUCAGAAAAGACUCUGCUGGAGUGGAAAGGUGUCUUCAAAGAGUUUGGCAGUGAGGAGGAGGAAAGGAUUGUGGUGGUGAAACAGACGAGCGACGUUCUGCCUCUGCUAAAAAACUCUAGCCAUAGCAAUGUCACAGUGGUGGAUGUAGUCUUGAAGUCAAUUCUGCCAACUUCACAACACCUCCUGUCUUCAGAGGAAGUCGCUGCUGCCAUAGAGACACAGCUGCAAACAAAAGAAGACGACUUCUGGCCCAGCUGGACAGUUGGUGGUAAAGCUUCCCGUGAUUUGAAGAAUUUACUGCUGGUGUUGAUGAUGACUCUGCCAGGAUCACCUGCAGUCUCAUAUGACGAAGACAUCCACCAAACACCGAGUGUGUCUCUAAAAGUCAACUCGUCACAUAGAGACACGAAUAUAUCAUUAGACGUCAUUACAAAGGAGGAGAAGAACAGGCGUUUGGCUGUAGCUCUCUUCACCUCCCUCAGUCACUCCAGAGCCAGAGAAGAAGCUCUUCAGUUCGGCAGCUUCACUUUCCUGCCCUUCAAUUCUUCCUCCAGCUCCUCAUCCUCCAACUCCACCCUGCCCUCUCCUCCAUCUCCCCCGAUCCUGGCCUUCUUGCGCUCCUGGGGCUGUGUCCACUUCCUCAUUUUGCUCAACGUCGGGCCUGGGCUUCGCCCCUUGGAUCCAGCCUGGGCACCAAGCCUGCCCAAAGCCGGAGUGUUUGUGAGCAGCACACGAAUGGACCGUUUGGGGGAGACAUCUCUGGAAGCGCUGGAGCUGCGGCCCCAUGAAGCCAUCGUCAUCAAGCUGUUCGAGGCAGGAAGCUACUCGUAGAGCUUCUCUUAAUCAUUUAAGUGUCGAUUUAGAUACUGUGAUUUGUCAUUUUUGUAUGCAUGUGCUCGGAGGUCACUCAAAAUAAAAGAAUGGUUCUGUG